UAAGAAGAGUGCAAAAACAAGAAAGUUGUGGAAAAAGACUGGUAAACAAUAUGGAAUUCCAGGAACCAUGUAUAGGGGGCAACCGCCACUUCCUCUUAUGGAUAGUGUACCAAAUAGAUUUGCCAGCUUAAUCAAUCAGGUUGCAAUGUAAAAUGGGUAAUAAUCUUUUAAAGCUACCAUCAGAUAUUAAUUUAAUAUCUGCAACACAAGCAGAAUACGAUUUCCUUCGUGUGGUUGAUAAAUAUCCAGCUUUAUACAGCACUCCUGUUUUACAAAACGCUAUUUAUCGUUACGAGAACUAUUGGCUACCUUUAAUAACUACACAAAGCGGGUCUCUUCCUGCUCCAUUAGAUAUAGAAUGGGUGUGGCAUUGCCAUAUUCUAAAUCCAGUUGCAUAUGUCGAAGAUUGUCGGAGAAUUGUAAACACAGUUGUCGAUCACAAACCAGCAAUGCUUAUUGACUCGUGCAGACAACAGUCAAUGGGAUGCUGGUAUCAAAAGUAUCCCAACAUACCGUUUGAUGUUGAUUUGAGUAACAGUACUCCUCCGUUGCUAUUUCAAGGUGAAUUUAACCAGAAAAGUUCGUAUGACAUUGUAGGCGCAGCCCAACGCCAGAGAAUUUUUAACUACAAUUCAUCUUUACCUCAUUACAGAGACUGGAAAUUUUUAAAAUCUGCUGUUAAGAGAUAUAAAAUUAUGCUGCAAAUAAAGAGGGACCAUCCUGCUACAUUUAUUGUUCCCUGUUAUGACAAUGAUUUGGUGUGGCAUACGCACCAACAAUUUGUUUUGAUUUAUCAAUCAGACACGAAGGCAAUACUCGGUCAGUUGCUUGAUCAUGAUGAUUCGACAAGUGAUAGAAGUCCUGGAUCACACCUUGACAAAAGCAGUGAGGAGACAAGAAAGCUGUGGAGAAAGAAGGGAAAAAAGUUUGCAGUUUCCGGAGCAAUGUAUCGGGGUGAACCACCAAUGCCUUUAAUUGAUAAAGUGCCAAACAGAUUUGCAUCUUUAAUCGAUCAGAACAAAAAUUGUUUCUCUUUCUUUACCAAUCAAAUUGUUCGCAACAUGAUGGAAGCUCCACAUUUAAAAGAUGUUCUCCAUCACGCCUCCUUAAUGGCACCAAGUUCUGUACAUAAAACCAACGUACCGUGUCAAUACAUUGACAACUCCUUACAAACAAGUUAUGGCCUGAAUUCGUUUACAUGGAGAAUGGUUCACUGUCAGAAGCCUACUUUGUCUGCGGUCGAAAUUUUGGAUUUGUACGGGAAUGUUGUUAGUACGGCGCAUACUAUUGGAAGCCAUUCGUUGCCAAAUAAGAAACAAGUAAGCGACGCAUCUAAAUUGUUUACACAUAAACCUGCAGUAGAAAGAGCACUGCUUAUACGGGGGUCCAAAGGAGACUGGGGUAUAUUAAAGUCGAGCUGGUUCGGUUUUGCAAAAGGAACACGCAGUACACAAGGAAGACUUGGUUCUUUAGUUUUAAGCUUGUUCUUGUUAGAUGGGGGAAAUUCAAAAUGGUAUCCUGUGUCUCAAAGUUCUAUAGGUCAACCUACACAAUAUCACUGGACUACUCAACAAGGAGAUGGCUGGGUUGAUUUGCAGACGGGCAAUAUUACGUUUGGUAGUACGGUAGUUGAUGUCCCAGAAUACAUUUCUCUCGGUGCAGCCAUUGCUGUAUCGUUCGUUCUUUGCCAACCAAGACCUCCACCACCUAAAGAAGAUGGAAGAAUAGGUCCAUAUGCGGCUCCUCCAUCGAAUAGGCCUGGUGUGAUGAACAUGGAUACGAUGCCUCUUUUAAUAGCAGGUGGUCUUUAUGCAUCGAUGUUACCUAGAUGGUAUCAUACAAGUUGUCACGCAGGAUACUUUUACCAAAUUCAUCCGUUUUAUAUGAAUUAUCAUCAUCAUCAUUAUAGCGGUGGAUGUGGCGCUGGAGAUAUUGGUUAUGACUACGAUACUGGAGGUAAUGAUUUUAAUGAUGUUGGUGGUUGGGAGGGAGGUGAUAAUGGUGAAAGCUGGGAUGGUGGUGAUGGAGGCGGUUUUGAUUCAGGCGGAGGUGAUUGGGGUGGGGACGCGGGUGGCUGCGGUGGUUGCGGUGGUGGAGGAGGAUGCGGUGGUAGUGGUGGUGGAGGAGGAUGCGGUGGUGGUGGUGGUGGAGGAUGCGGUGGUGGUGGUGGUGGUGGAGGUUGUGGAGGUGGAGGCUGUGGCGGUGGAGGAUGUGGUGGGUAGCAAGUGUGAAUGUUGUUGUUACUUUGUUUUACAAUCGCUUCUUUAUAAAAUGAUCAUUAUUUGUUCGCGUUUGCAUUUUAU